GGACUUUUACGUUAGCGGAAGUCGGCAGUGGAGUCCGUCGGGCAGCAGAAGCAGAGUUCGGAAUGACAGCGAACGGACUGAAAUGGGUUUUUGAACGCGGACGGAACGUGAUGAGCUCGUAUAUGAUGCUGGUUCUGCUGCUGCUGGACAUUUACUCCAACUGUGUGAUCGGGUAUCUGAGCUCGGCUCAUGUGGGUCAGGAGCCGCCGUACACGGCCCAGCAGAGCCCGGUGAUGAGCAGCCCGGCGGCGCUGACCGCGUCCUCAGCGUCUCCAGUGGUCAGCGAUAACUACACGUCCAGAUGUCCCAGCGGCGGCCUCUGCUCCAAACUCCCCGCCGGAUGCAUCAGCUGCGCGCUUCAUCACAACUGCAGCUACGGCCGACCGGCCAACUUCAGCUGCAGAACACGAGCAGGCGUCCACUGCGUGAACGAGCGGAACGUGCCGCAGCAGAACUUCACGCUGACACUGCCCUGUCGCUUCUGCUGGCAGCUGGACGCGUCUCAGUACCGCUGCUCCAACUCCACCAGCUGCCUGACGGUGUCGUGUCCUCGCAGACGCUACAACGCCUCCUGUGAGGUCCUGGAGCACGUGCACUGCUUGGGUAAACGAGUGUUUCAUAAGCGCCUGUUCUGUAACUGGACGGGAGGAUAUAAGUGGUCCACGGCUCUGGCCCUCAGCAUCACUCUGGGCGGCUUCGGUGCGGACCGCUUCUAUCUGGGUCAGUGGAGGGAAGGUCUGGGGAAGCUCUUCAGCUUCGGAGGUCUGGGCAUCUGGACCCUCAUUGACGUGCUGCUGAUCGGGGUGGGGUACGUGGGGCCGGCCGACGGAUCGCUGUAUAUCUGAAGGGUUCAUGACGGUGUUACUGUGACUCCUCCAUCCCAGAUUUCCAACCCGAUUCGCACGCGUCGCCAUCCAAACUCCCACUGCGGCAGAUUCCCAUCUGCUCUGAAUGUGUGUUCAUGCCUUCAGCAGCUCGUCAUCACACACACACACACACACACACACACACACACACUGCUCUGGGCCGAGGACGCUUGUACGGUUCGGUCAGAAGAUGGUGGAGUCAAAUAUGUACAAUAUGUAUCUAAACUCAUCUGUGUCGGUGUUUGUGUAUAUAUGUGUAAAUAUGAGAGUGAUUCGCUGUGCUGAAUGUGAUUUAGACAUUUUAUUUCUGAAUAAACCACUGUCAGGUUGA